AUGACUCCAUAUGCCCCUUCCCCAGUGUCAACGUCGCCAUCAGUCGAAGGCUUCUCAACCAUGACUCAUCCGGAUCCAAACCAGCCUCAGAAGCCACAGUCUCUCCACGAGAACAGUUCGCAUGCCAGUGAGGACGAUUCAGAAGAUGGCUCCUGGCUCUGUCACUGUACUCCCGGUUGCAAGACCGGAGCCGGCCCCAGAAAGGCCAUCUCUCACUUCUUUGGCAGAAACAAAGCCUGCACGUUGCUGAUUCCCAACCAUGUCUGGGUCUUCUUCUGCCGGAAGCACUACCAACGGACCAGAUACCGCAACGGAGGGCUGUAUGCCAAGACCCAGAUCAAACUUGUCCGGGAGCAGGCCACAAGGAUCCAGAAUUGGAGCCAGAAGAACAUCGCCAAGGGAAGAACGACCUAUCUCAAAGACUGGACCUUUGCCCUUCGCAAGAGAGAGCAGGAGCGUGUCGACGAGGCUCUCAUGGCGCAGGGUACGCCUGGUAGUGGAGCGGAGUUGGAUGACACCGAUACCGUCGCGGAUAUCCCUAGAUGGGUUAUCAACAACUUGGGUGUUGGGAAGACCUCCGACCAAGUCUUCGAAUUGAUCAAUCGCUUUCGAGAUGAGCUUGAGGCUGGGCGGAUCGAUGACCUGCCUGAGGUCGAGUUCCUCCCCAACAUUGUUGGCGGCAACAGAACCGCCCCGGGUGCUACGGCUCGAGCUCGAAACCAGGCCAAAAGAAAGGCUUCGGAAUCAGGCGAUCUGAGCAUCGAACGCAAUGAAGGGAGCACAUCAGGCUACAAGAGGGCCAGAACAUUCUCCGGAGAGCGCGAGACUGAGCCUUCUAUGAGUCUCCAGACGAAUACUAGCUUUAUCCUUCCAUCGCAGUCCUCAUAUGUCACUGCUAGCAGUCGGUUUGGUGCCACGAAUAGGCCGUUGCCGAUCCAGCCUCGCCAUCGCAGCCCCCACCCUUCCGAGCCGAGGGGAGGAUCUUUCUCUGAGCAGAGGCCUUCUCUCUAUGGUCAGCCUGCAGGGCCGUAUGUUCCAUCUGGCCCUCCCAGACGGGAAUUCGAGUCUCCCAGUCCUUACACCUCUUCAAGUCAGCAAAGCACCCUUGGCCAGCCUGCACGUCCACCCAUGUCCUUCAACGAUCCCCAGAGGCACAGCCCAUAUGGUUUUGCAGGCGAAGGAGCUACGCCAACUCAUCUCAACAAUUAUGGAGGUUCAUCUCAACAUUCUCAAAGCGACGGCUAG